AUGUCACUCAAAUCAAUCAAGACACAAACCCUUGAAGUCGGAUACUACGACCACGGCCCCUCAUCAGGCUGGCCUGUCUUUCUAUAUCACGGCUUCCCAUACGACAUCCACGCAUAUGAUGAAGUUGUUCCAAGACUCGUCUCCCACGGUGCAAGAGUCAUCGUUCCCUAUGUCCGCGGCUACGGCCCAACGCGCUUCCUUUCAAAAUCAACCAUGAGGAGCGGUCAGCAAGCAGCUCUUGGCUCGGAUGUCAUCGAACUCAUGGAUGCUUUGAACAUCGACAAAGCCAUUCUGGGUGGUUUCGACUGGGGCGGAAUGUCCGUAUGCGUUGCAGCUGCACUAUGGCCCGAGCGUGUCGUUGGAAUCGUUUCAUAUGCGGGUUACGACAUUGCCGAUCUUUCAACUUAUCAAAAGCCUUUUGCACCGAGCUUGGAAUGCGUUUGUUGGUAUCAGCAUUUAUUCCAGCAGGAGCGCGGAAUUGCUUGUCUUACAGAGAGUCGACGAGAUCUAUGUCGAAUUCUGUGGAAGCAAUGGUCCCCCUCUUUCGAGUUCUCGGAAGACUUUUACAACCAAACUGCAGAAUCUUUUGAUAAUCCUGAUUUUGUGGACGUUGUUAUUCACGCUUAUAGAUUCUGCUUUGGUAACGCAAAAGGCGAUCCAGCUUUGCAAAAGCUGGAGGAUGCUCUAGCUACUCAGCCUAAGAUAAGUGUUCCAACUAUCACUUUGGAUGGGCGGCAGGAUCCUUUGAAACCUGGCGGUACUGCUGCACAUGCUGAGCACUUUUCUGGUCGGUAUGAGAGGAGAGAAUUUGAUGUUGGACAUGCCUUUCCUAUGGAAGCUCCGGAUGAGUUCGCAGAUGCUAUCCUCAUGAUUCAAAAGUGGGAGAGUGGCUAG